UGCAAGUGUUCUAGCGCUUAGCUUACAGCGCAUCGGAAUCAAAUGGGCAUAAUAAAUUCGAUACAUUUUUUUCAAGAAGAACCUAAAGUAGCUUGCAGGAUAUAAUGGGAAAGGACGCACAUUUGGUUCGAUAUUUUGUAACGUUUGCAGGAAAGUCAAUAGGGAUACAUCUUCUAUGAUCUACCAUUUGGUGGCACCAAAACCAGCUCCAGAGGCAGAGAGGCAGAGGCAUUGCUCGCAGCGCACAGCGGAUCUUAUCGACAGGGGCGGGGCCGCGGCCCGGACAUCUUCAAAGUCGAUCGUCGAGUGACCCUGGCCUGCUGCGCCAUCCUGAUGGUGUAAAGUUGCAGAGCCAGAUUCAACCUGCCUUGAUAUUUGCUGUUCUUCGAGGGAGGCCAGGUCUUUUCAGUAAUAGGUCAGAUGGACUUUGCUUUAGUAGCCUACAUGUAUAUAAGAAGCAUGGUAUCAGCACAGGGAAUUAUUCUAAAGGACACAGGGUACUGAUGAUCGCUGUCACAUGUAGGUCACUGAUGAAAUCCACAUCCGCAGCAAAAUGACUUACUUUGACUGCAUAGACCGACUCCUUGUGAGAUUUUUCCACGGCUAUGGAAAGCAGAUUGCUCGCAAACCUCUGAUUGUCUUACUCGGAUCUCUAGUCAUGGCCAUUGGGCUAAGUCUUGGGGUCCUCUUUAUACAGUUAGACACAGAUUCUAUCCGUCUUUUUACACCUGACAAGAGUCAAGCAAGGGAUGAAAGUGUUCUUUUGUACGAAAAAUACCCAGUCAAUUAUGAUGAUUAUUUUCCUUCGCGGGGCAAGGGUAUAUUUGAUCAGGGUUCUAAUGCUAUUGCAAUACCGAUAAAUGGCAAUAAUGUCAUGAAGGAUGAUGUCAUUCGCGAAAUACUGCACUUUGAUCAUGGAGUACAAAGCAUCACAGUGCAAAACUCCUCUGGGACAACCUUCAAUUAUUCAUCUUUGUGUGCAAUGCGGCAAGGAGCUUGUCUUGCAAACCCUAUUCUUCAAGCCUAUUCUUACAACGCAAGUCGCGUUGGAGAAAUCAAUGUCACCUACCCUUUCUACCAACCUACCAAAACUAGUGCAAUAUUUGUUGGGGCCUCUCUGGGAGAUGUAAUUAUUGAUGAAGACUCUGUAAUCUUGUCAGCCGGUCUUUUUUCACUUAAUUAUUACUUGGACACCAUCCCAGAAAUGCAAAAAGUGAACAAAGAAUGGGAAGAAGAAUUCAUCCAUUACGCUACAGACUUUGCUUCAGAAGUCAUCUCGGUAUCUUUCAUCGUUUCUCAUUCUCUUGAGAAAGAAAUCACCAACCUUACGAUUACAAUCCUACCCUACCUGAUCGUCGCUGUGGUGCUUCUCUCUUGUUUUGCUGUUGCUUCCUGCUUGGUGGCUGACUGGGUGCUCAGUAAGACAACCCUUGCAAUGCUUGGAUUGUUCUCUGCCUCACUGGCUAUUGGAUCUUCGACUGGCCUCCUGUGUUACAUUGGUGUUCCUUUCAAUAUUGUGGCUGCUUCGAUGCCAUUCUUGAUCAUCGGCAUUGGGAUCGAUGAUAUGUUCAUCAUGAUUGCUGCAUGGCGGAAGACAAAUCCCCAAGACACGGUAGAAGAACGCAUGGGUCACACUUUUUCUGAAGCUGCCGUGUCCAUCACCAUAACCAGCAUUACUGAUGCCCUAGCCUUUGGGAUUGGAGCAAUCUCGCCUCUUCCAGCUGUCCGAGUCUUUUGUCUCUAUACAGGAGUGGCUGUCAUCUUUGACUACCUCUUUCAAAUCACUUUCUUUGGGGCUUGCAUGGUGUACAGUGGGAGGAGAGAAGCAGCUAACCGACACUGCAUUACUCUGGCUAAGGUUGUUCCCCGCCACGAGGCUAAAACCAAGUUCUACAAGCUGUUUUGCUCUGGCGGGUCUUCAUCAAAGGAUCGUGAUACUUUGAAGAGUUCUUGUGAAACAGCUCUGAUGACAUUCUUCAGAGACCACUAUGGUCCCGUUCUGAUGACUCCAGCAGUGAAGGUCUUUGCUCUUCUCUUGUUCCUGGCAUACAUGGGUACUGCCAUUUUUGGCUUAUUCCAUGUCAAUGAAGGCUUAGAAAUGAAAAAGCUAUCUGGCGAUGGUUCACCUACUCAUACUUUCUUUGAUUAUCAAACCAAAUUUUUCACAGAAUACGGACCCCCUGUGUCUGUAGCCAUACAUGACAGAUUAAAUUACAGUGAUCCAUCUGUCCAACGAUCUUUAGAACAGGUCAUUUCUGAUUUUGAAAAUAGUGAAUACAUCCACACAUCAAACAUGACUGAAUUUUGGUUGAGAGACUUCUUAAAAUUCCUUGAUCUGAUACACAUUCCAAAAGAACGGAGGGUAAAUGAAUUCAUGACACUUCUGGUCGAUCAGUUCUUAAAAGUGCCAUAUUUUUCCAAAUAUGUAGAAGACAUCAUUUUCAAAGAUGGCUCAAAUAGAACAGAAAUUGCUGAAUCACGCUUUAUUAUAUUAGGAGAUAGUUUGGAAACGACCCACCAGCAAAUGGAAAUGAUGACUGAUGUCCGAGCUCGGGCUGAUAAAGCUGAUAUGAACUUGACAACUUUUUCUCCUAUGUUCAUAAUCUACGAACAGUUUGUAGUGGUUCGUCCACUGACAAUUCAAAACAUAUUGAUAGCUGUAGGAUGCAUGUUUUGCAUCGCUCUUCUCCUCAUCCCACAUCCAUUCUGUGCUGUCAUGGUAACAGCUUGCAUCGUCUCCAUCCAAAUAGGUAUCAUUGGUUACAUGUCCUUGUGGGACGUACGCCUAGAUGGCAUCUCCAUGAUCAACAUCAUCCUCUGCAUUGGCUUCAGUGUGGACUUUUCGGCACACAUCACCUAUGCCUUUCUGUCCACCAAGAAAUGCUUUGAUGGCCACGACCAACACCAUCAGAAGCUCUCUAUUGCAGAGCGCCAGGCGGUCAUGGCACUCUACUCCCUUGGGAUGCCUAUCGUCCAGGGUGCGCUGUCAACCAUCUUGGCCACGAUUGUACUAGUGUUUUCCCCAAGCUACAUCUUCAGAACAUUCUUCAAGAUCAUGUUCAUGGUUAUGAUUCUUGGUAUGGUCCACAGCCUCAUCUUCCUGCCUGUUCUUCUCUCAACCUUUGGUCGGUGCUUCAGGAUGACCUCGGAACAGUCUGUGCCUCCUGUAUACACAACAAGCAAGAAGGUUGAUACAGUUGAUGGGGGAGGUAUUCAGCAAGUGAAGAAGAGCAUAUGUACACAAGUAAACUGGGAGGACUUCACCAUGACUAAAUGCACCCAGACGACAGAUAUUGCUAUGGCAAUUGAGAGUUGAUUUUUUUUUCUUGUAUGGAAGCCAACUGGGUGCAAUUGACUUGAAUGGAAGCCAACUGGGUGCAAUUCAAUCAUUAUAGGGCAUAAAAUAUGAAGGUCAAUUGGAUGAGGUAUAUGUAGUUAAUAAUUGACAUAUUUCAGGCAUUAAAGGGGAAGUUCACCCUGACAAAAAGUUUAUUGUAAAAAUAGCAGAAAAAAUAUUGCCGAAGGUUUUGAGA